AUGGAGCCGCCGAUCCACCCGGAGGCUGAGAGGGCCGGCGGCAGGCCCGCGGAGAGACGGCAACCGGGGGCUGGGACGGUGACCCGAGGUCUCUGUACGUACCCAAAGGAGAUUGAUGACACAGAGGACACAGUAUCAAAAGGUGACGGCGAUGUAGCUCUUGAAGAACAUGUACCUCCCACAUAUGUCAAGCACGGAGAAGAGGGCAAGGGAGAAGAGGGCAAGGGAGAAGAGGGCAAGGGAGAAGAGGGCAAGGGAGAAGAGGGCAAGGGAGAAGAGGGCAAGGGAGAAGAGGGCAAGGGAGAAGAGGGCAAGGGAGAAGAGGGCAAGGGAGAAGAGGGCAAGGGAGAAGAGGGCAAGGGAGAAGAGGGCAAGGGAGAAGAGGGCAAGGGAGAAGAGGGCAAGGGAGAAGAGGGCAAGGGAGAAGAGGGCAAGGGAGAAGAGGGCAAGGGAGAAGAGGGCAAGGGAGAAGAGGGCAAGGGAGAAGAGGGCAAGGGAGAAGAGGGCAAGGGAGAAGAGGGCAAGGGAGAAGAGGGCAAGGGAGAAGAGGGCAAGGGAGAAGAGGGCAAGGGAGAAGAGGGCAAGGGAGAAGAGGGCAAGGGAGAAGAGGGCAAGGGAGAAGAGGGCAAGGGAGAAGAGGGCAAGGGAGAAGAGGGCAAGGGAGAAGAGGGCAAGGGAGAAGAGGGCAAGGGAGAAGAGGGCAAGGGAGAAGAGGGCAAGGGAGAAGAGGGCAAGGGAGAAGAGGGCAAGGGAGAAGAGGGCAAGGGAGAAGAGGGCAAGGGAGAAGAGGGCAAGGGAGAAGAGGGCAAGGGAGAAGAGGGCAAGGGAGAAGAGGGCAAGGGAGAAGAGGGCAAGGGAGAAGAGGGCAAGGGAGAAGAGGGCAAGGGAGAAGAGGGCAAGGGAGAAGAGGGCAAGGGAGAAGAGGGCAAGGGAGAAGAGGGCAAGGGAGAAGAGGGCAAGGGAGAAGAGGGCAAGGGAGAAGAGGGCAAGGGAGAAGAGGGCAAGGGAGAAGAGGGCAAGGGAGAAGAGGGCAAGGGAGAAGAGGGCAAGGGAGAAGAGGGCAAGGGAGAAGAGGGCAAGGGAGAAGAGGGCAAGGGAGAAGAGGGCAAGGGAGAAGAGGGCAAGGGAGAAGAGGGCAAGGGAGAAGAGGGCAAGGGAGAAGAGGGCAAGGGAGAAGAGGGCAAGGGAGAAGAGGGCAAGGGAGAAGAGGGCAAGGGAGAAGAGGGCAAGGGAGAAGAGGGCAAGGGAGAAGAGGGCAAGGGAGAAGAGGGCAAGGGAGAAGAGGGCAAGGGAGAAGAGGGCAAGGGAGAAGAGGGCAAGGGAGAAGAGGGCAAGGGAGAAGAGGGGGAGAAGAGGGCAAGGGAGAAGAGGGCAAGGGAGAAGAGGGCAAGGGAGAAGAGGGCAAGGGAGAAGAGGGCAAGGGAGAAGAGGGCAAGGGAGAAGAGGGCAAGGGAGAAGAGGGCAAGGGAGAAGAGGGCAAGGGAGAAGAGGGCAAGGGAGAAGAGGGCAAGGGAGAAGAGGGCAAGGGAGAAGAGGGCAAGGGAGAAGAGGGCAAGGGAGAAGAGGGCAAGGGAGAAGAGGGCAAGGGAGAAGAGGGCAAGGGAGAAGAGGGCAAGGGAGAAGAAGGCAAGGGAGAAGAGGGCAAGGGAGAAGAAGGCAAGGGAGAAGAAGGCAAGGGAGAAGAAGGCAAGGGAGAAGAAGGCAAGGGAGAAGAAGGCAAGGGAGAAGAAGGCAAGGGAGAAGAAGGCAAGGGAGAAGAAGGCAAGGGAGAAGAAGGCAAGGGAGAAGAAGGCAAGGGAGAAGAAGGCAAGGGAGAAGAAGGCAAGGGAGAAGAAGGCAAGGGAGAAGAAGGCAAGGGAGAAGAAGGCAAGGGAGAAGAAGGCAAGGGAGAAGAAGGCAAGGGAGAAGAAGGCAAGGGAGAAGAAGGCAAGGGAGAAGAAGGCAAGGGAGAAGAAGGCAAGGGAGAAGAAGGCAAGGGAGAAGAAGGCAAGGGAGAAGAAGGCAAGGGAGAAGAAGGCAAGGGAGAAGAAGGCAAGGGAGAAGAAGGCAAGGGAGAAGAGGGCAAGGGAGAAGAGGGCAAGGGAGAAGAGGGCAAGGGAGAAGAGGGCAAGGGAGAAGAGGGCAAGGGAGAAGAGGGCAAGGGAGAAGAGGGCAAGGGAGAAGAAGGCAAGGGAGAAGAAGGCAAGGGAGAAGAAGGCAAGGGAGAAGAAGGCAAGGGAGAAGAAGGCAAGGGAGAAGAAGGCAAGGGAGAAGAAGGCAAGGGAGAAGAAGGCAAGGGAGAAGAAGGCAAGGGAGAAGAAGGCAAGGGAGAAGAAGGCAAGGGAGAAGAAGGCAAGGGAGAAGAAGGCAAGGGAGAAGAAGGCAAGGGAGAAGAAGGCAAGGGAGAAGAAGGCAAGGGAGAAGAAGGCAAGGGAGAAGAAGGCAAGGGAGAAGAAGGCAAGGGAGAAGAAGGCAAGGGAGAAGAAGGCAAGGGAGAAGAAGGCAAGGGAGAAGAAGGCAAGGGAGAAGAAGGCAAGGGAGAAGAAGGCAAGGGAGAAGAAGGCAAGGGAGAAGAAGGCAAGGGAGAGAGCUGCGACACCGGCGGCGGCGGUACCAAGGUCACGGGGGCAUCGUCAACGCUGGCGGAUGGCGCAGCCGGUCGGGCCGGCGGAGGAGCCGGUGGAGCCUGCAGCCGCUGUGGAGAUGACUGCUGUUGCUGCUAGAUGGGGUCUGGCACCCCUGCACGCCAACCACAGGCGGAAGAGAUCACAUCCGGGCGGCCGGAAGAAGGCGGCAGAGCGGUUUGCCGGGAAGACCCUGAUAUCAGCGCUGGAGUUGGUUGCGGUGCCGGCAGACCACUUUGUCGGCAAUGCGGACAUCAAAGAGCUGACGGCCUUGCGGCUGGACGAUCACCCCCUCAAUCCAUCCGGCUCUCGGGCCGAAACGUCGCGCCUAGAUAAGGGAUCCCGGAACAAAGGGAGCCUGUGCAGUCGGAACCCAUUGUUUGGGUCCGGGCCGGAGGAGGUGCCAAAGAGUGAGAGUGGUGCUGAGGAGAGUGAGAGUGGUGCUGAGGAGAGUGAGAGUGGUGCUGAGGAGAGUGAGAGUGGAGCUGAGGAGAGUGAGAGUGGAGCUGAGGAGAGUGAGAGUGGUGCUGAGGAGAGUGAGAGUGGUGCUGAGGAGAGUGAGAGUGGUGCUGAGGAGAGUGAGAGUGGUGCUGAGGAGAGUGAGAGUGGUGCUGAGGAGAGUGAGAGUGGUGCUGAGGAGAGUGAGAGUGGUGCUGAGGAGAGUGAGAGUGGUGCUGAGGAGAGUGAGAGUGGUGCUGAGGAGAGUGAGAGUGGUGCUGAGGAGAGUGAGAGUGGUGUUGAGGAGAGUGGGAGUGGUGCUGAGGAGAGUGGGAGUGGUGCUGAGGAGAGUGGGAGUGGUGCUGAGGAGAGUGGGAGUGGUGCUGAGGAGAGUGGGAGUGGUGCUGAGGAGAGUGAGAGUGGUGCUGAGGAGAGUGAGAGUGGUGCUGAGGAGAGUGAGAGUGGUGCUGAGGAGAGUGAGAGUGGUGCUGAGGAGAGUGAGAGUGGUGCUGAGGAGAGUGAGAGUGGUGCUGAGGAGAGAGUUUUUGCUUUGGGAGGAGAGUGCCAUCAAGAUAACAGCCAUGGUAAGUGA